ACCAAGAUGGCUCCUGUGACUGUGUCGGUCCCAUAGCAAAUCGAGGAUGCGAGUGGCUGCCGGAAAAACAACUUUCCCCCGACCGUCGCAUCCCCUGGAAUCCAUUUCGUAUGGUUCGGAGGAGGCCUCUACCUCCGCGUAGCCGCUGAGCACCCGUAGGGGCUUCGCGGAACCUUCCUCAAGGCACCAAUUUGGAGUAGUUUCGCGAAGUAUCUCGUCUCCUUCACACCGUGUGUCCGGAGAGACGUGCGGGCAGGCAGCUCAUCCAAAUGGCCGAACCGAGAAAAGUGCAGUUUGUCACGCUGUCGGCCUUCACGGCUGGGGCCGCCUCGGAGUCUAGGAAACGCCGGCUGGAGGAUGAGGCCGACUUUAACUUCAGCGGAGACGACGAGGUCGAAACGGCGGCGUUGGCGGAGCCCGGGGCAGGAGGUGCUGCCAGCCGCCUCGGCAAAGCCGGUGAGAGAGACAAGGCUGAAGCCGAGAAGAGGGCGACGGUGCGGCUCAACCUGCCCCUGAGCGAGCCUGACGACCGCGCCUCUGCCGAGUUUAAUUACGGCGAACUCAUCCACAACCUCCAGACAAAAAACAAACCUCCAGGUCUGACUCCUGCUCCCAACAACCCUUUCAACGAUGAUGAGAGGGAGCGGCGGCAAGUUGAGGCCCUGGCAAAGAAAUUUGAGAAUAAAUACGGCAACACGGCAAAGAAAAGGAAGGACAGAAUGCAAGACUUAAUUGAUAUUGGCUUUGGCUAUGAUGAGACGGACCCCUUCAUAGACAACUCUGAGGCUUAUGAUGAGCUGGUGCCUGCGUCUUUGACCACAAAGCUUGGAGGCUUUUACAUCAACACUGGCACGCUGCAGUUCAGAGCUGCCUCCGACUCAGAAGGGGAGGAGGACAAGAAAGCAAAUGACGACAGUGAGCAGGUGAAGAAGAGGAAAGGGAAGGAAGUAGAAGAGAAGAAAAUCAGAGAGCCUAAACCAGGAGUGGCUGUUCUUAACGUCAAUCGGCCUGAGAAGAAGAAGAGGAAGAAGCUGAUGAAGGAUUCACUGUAUUUGGCCGCCAUGCUUCGCCGCUUCAACAUGGAAAAGGAGCAGAUGGGGAAAAACAACCCCAACAUGGCUCCCGCAGGCCUGGCUGGAGGCGUGGCCAACAAACCGUGUGCUGCUGACGCGGCGAAGCACCUGCUAGCCACUGACUCUACCCACCUCCAGGGCAAUGCUGCCUCUUCCAUCAACAACGACCUCUUGCUGGCAGACCUGACCUCCGACCCUGCUGUGAUGUCGCUGCUGGGCUCGGCUAAUGAGAAGGAACUUCAGGACCUCCUAGGCGACCUGGACUUCAGUUUAUUGGACACGGACCAGCAGCAUGCUGUCACGACGGCCAGGGAGAACGGCAUUCUGGGUGUUGGUGCUCCUGGCCAAAAAGCAGGAGGGGGCAACCAAGGGCGAGGCCUUGGGUCUUCCAGUGGACUAUUUUCUCCUCCGCCACUGCCUGGCGGGCUGCCGCCUCCUCUCAUUAAACGCAUUGAGGACCUGCGAGCGGCUUCACGGCAGUUUGAUCAGGAGGGCAGGAAGAAGUUUUUCACCUUGGACAUGAAUAACAUUCUGCUGGACAUUGAGCUGCAGGUCCAGGAGCAACCUCCCGAUGUGCGCUCGGGCAUCUACUCACACUUGGAGGCCUUUGUGCCGUGCAACAAGGAGGCGCUCCUCAAACGACUUAAGAAGCUCAGCCUCAACAUCCAGGUGAGGGCGGCUCAGUGUGACAACGGGCUGCAGCAGACGCCGCCUCUCAACACCAAGGACGACAGGUUGAGGACGCCGCUCUUGGAACUGAAGCUAGCGGUAUGCAGUGCGAUGCCAGAGCAGAUUGCCAAAUACAACAUGGACUGUAUGGCCAAGGUUGCAAAGCAGCAGUCAGAAGAGGGGGAGAAGAAUGGAUCAGAGGAGGAGGACGAGGAGAAACCUGGUAAAAGGGUGAUGGGUCCACGGAAGAAGUUUGUCUGGGAUGACAAACUCAGAAUCCUGCUGUGCACACUGGUGCGAGUGAAACUGAGCUGCUACGACAUGGAGAACCAGUGUUCUCUGUCUGUGGAGGACUACCUGAAGGCCUUCCUGGAGAACGAGGUCAAACCACUGUGGCCCAAAGGCUGGAUGCAGUCCAGGAUUCUGUUCAAGGAGAGUCUAGCAGUCCACAGUCACCUCACUGGAAGCCUAGCCAAGAGGAGAGUGGUGCCAGGGCCCAAGGCUAAAGCUAAGGAGGGUGUUUGGGUCCGCAAGCCCCCUCUUGCCAUGACCUCCACUCCAUCGCUCUCCGCCACAUCCACUUUGACUUCGAGUCGCCCUCCCCCGCUCUUGUCGUCUCCUUCGGAGCCCAUCUGUCUGUCAGACUCUUUGGAUGAGGACCUGAGUGCCCCCUCGCUGGACUCCAUCUCACACGCACUCGCCCUCCUCAGCAACGCCGCCAAGGGCCUGGGCUCCUCCGACAGCCCACUGUCCCCCCCGCCAUUACAGAUCCCCACCUCCUCUCCUCCCCCCAUUACCUUGCAGUAUCCUUCAGCCUCUCAGCUUCCCUUGCAGGGCACACCUGCAGUCCUCUCCAAGGUGGUGACCAGCACAGGGAAGACGACCACGUCGACCACACUACCAACCUCUUCUACCUCCUCUUCCUCCUCCAUGGCUCGUGCGCAGACGUCGGGCCUGGCCGUGCCCUCCAGGCUCGCCGAAUCCCCCUUCAGCUUGGUUAAAGGACCGUGCACACACAACCAGAGACAUGUUACCAUGGCAACAGCCAGCAACAGGCCAAGUGCUAUAAUGAGCAGUAAAAUGCAUCCACACCCUGUCCCCUCGCCCCCGAAACAGCGACCGCCACCCACUGCAUCCCCUCUGAUGCCCCCCCAUCAGAAGGCCUUCGUCAGCCCUGCGGGGAUGCUGGCAGGUUUGGGAACGUCUCAAGGCUUAGCCAAGGGCGGGGCCAAAUCCAGCGGCACCAGCAGCAACGGCAACAUCACACCGUCGUCGCCGUCCCCCCAGUCCCGCCCCAACUCCACACCUCACCCUGCCCUGCAGUCCUUCUGCCCCCCAUCCCCAGCCGCCUCCACGCCGUUGCCCAGCUGCCAGAGCAGCCCCUCCCCUCAAGGUAAAGCCCACCCCCAAGCCAACUUCAUCACACCCAUGCAGGCCACACUCACCAAGUCCUCCCACAGCAGUAACUCCUCCCCCAUCAUCAAGCUGACUCCUCGGCCUCCCGUGCCCACCCCGCCUCCCCCCUCAUCACCCUCGCCUUCCUCCUCGCCCUCACAAGCACACUCUCAUCAGGGAGUCCCCACACAGCAGCACCAGUACUCCCCCAAAACCUUCCGACCGCCCUUUAGCAUGGUGGGUGGUGGUCAAGUGGGGCAGGCGAAGCAGACGCAUGUCGCCUUCACAGGGGCUCCAAAAGCGCCACCUGCCACCGGCACCGGCAGCCCACACAACUCCAACAAUGGCAACAACAAGGGCACCUCGGUUGUCGGACUCUCAGAAAAACCGCAGUCGACCUCGGCCUCGGCCAGUCACAGCCAGAGGCAGAGGCUGGUGGUGGCCGGUCAGAACUCCAAGGCAGGAAAUGGGUGGGCGGCGUCAGGAAGUUUGGCCACACCUUCCACAACAUCACACCUCUCACAGGUAUCAGCAGCGGGCAGCUCCCUCUUGGGCAGCCCCUCCACGCUGCCCCUAGGCUUCGGCAUGCUGGGGGGCCUGGUGCCUGUCUCGCUGCCCUUCCAGUUCCCCCCGCUGCUCAAUUUCAGUCCUCCCGGAGCACCGGGUGCCCCUGGCAUGGGCUCGGCUCCAAGCUCCAACUCAGGAUUCUCCUUAGCACAGAGCGACCUGAUGGAGCUGUACAAGAGUCUCCAGUCUGGGUCGCAGGCCGCUCUACCUCCUCACUUGCAGCUGGCGUUCUCAGACACCAACCAAAGCCAGAGUGGAGACAAGCGGAAGCCGCACUGACCCGCCACGCCCUCGCAUCACCACAUCAGACUUCUUAUAUAGUUCAUUGACUGAGACAGUGGGCGUGAGUGGGCGGGGCUUUACUGCCUCUUGGGUUUUUUUUUUGUUUUUUUUUUUUUAAAUGGACCUGCAGACAUUUGGCACAGAAGUGACAUGUUUUUUUGUUUUUUUAAAUGAAU